AACCAAAUCAAGCAGGAAAAUAAAACUUUAAUCGAUGAAAAGAUUCAGAACUAUUUUAAUGCUAUUCUUUCUCAUACCUAUUCUCAUUAUUCAAAAUUAGCACAAUACAAUAUGAAUAAUUCAAAUUAUAUUAAUACUUUACCUUUAAUAUCUUUACAAUCAAAUGAUGAAGAAUUAUCUAAAAAUGCUAUAUGUUAG